AUGCGGCAGCGUUCGUCGAAAGGGGCACCGGUGCAGGGACCCUCUUCUUCCCCUCAGCCACAGCUCACGCAGGGCGGCUCGUCGAAGAGCUCGCAAGAAGAACUGGAGGAUCCGCUACUCGAUGGAUGGUGUCGCGUGCCUGCGGUCCGGCUGCUGCUGCGUCUGCUGGGCUGGCUGGUGUUCCCCCACGGGGCGAGGUCGCCCAGCUCGCGCCCCUCCGACUACAACUCGACAGCGGAUGAUGGUGAAGAGGAGCUCGACAGCCAGGCCAAGGAGAAGCGGAUGAAGGACCUCGAGCGCGAUGUGGUCGAGGAGGAGAAGCGGUUCAAAUUCGCGCUACUCUCUACCACCAUCCUCCUCUUUACGCUCUUCAACUUCCUCUUCCUCUUCUUCCUCUGCCCGGGUGUAGAGUUCACCCCAGCCUUGGCCUUCUCCCCCUCACCCGGGGAGGAGCUCAUACCCCCAGCCCAAUCCGAUUCGGGUCCUACGUUCCGCUGGGUCAUCACCACCCUGGCGGUCAUCAACUGCUCCACCUUCGUCCUACAUCAUCUCUUACGUAGCAUCACUUUCUCGGCCUGCGCCGUCUUCUUCUAUCUGAACGGCUCGGUGUGGCUCAUCUGCAUCAUGUGGGGACCCGUGAGCGAGCUGCUCGGGGCCCUGGUCCACGUACCAGUACUGGCCUUCUACGUGUUCGGCCACCGCUCGGGGGCCACGGCGCUGGUCAUCACCCUCGUCCAGGCCGUCCUCUACAUGGUCGCGUGCCUCGUGGGCAUCGUGCCCACGUCGGGCAACUCGCUCAAGCUGGGCCUCACGGCGCAGGUGAUGGCCAUCAUGAGCUCCUACGUGCUGUUGGGCCUAUGCGCCGCCCUGAACGAGCGGUCGCGAGCGCAGGCCGUGCGCAUGUACCAGGAGGCACACGCGCGGCUCGUCAAGGCCACCAAGGCCAAGGCCCGCUUCCUGGCCAACGUCAGCCACGAGUUGCGGACGCCGCUGCAUGGGAUCGUCGCGGCGAGCGAGGAGCUGAUGGAGCGGGUCACUACCGAGUGCCCGAAGGAGAACCAGCCGGCGGUGCGCGAAAUGUGCAAGAUCGUGACGGAGAGCAGCCGCCACAUGCUGGCCCUCAUCAACGACGUGCUUGACUUUGAGCGGCUGGACACCAACCAGCUCAAGAUUGAGAACAUCCCCUUCGAUCUCCAUCAAGAAUUCACUAAGUUGGUCAAGAUGCUGGAGCCGACAGCAAGACAGAAGCAGAUCGCCCUGACGUAUCGCCUGGCCGUGGAUAACUGCCGCCGACUGGGCGAUCCGCUGCGCUUCGGUCAGAUACUGGUAAACCUCGCCGCCAACGCACUCAAGUUCACGCCUGAAGGCGGCAGCGUGAACAUCACCGUCACCACCGGCUGCACGGGGAAGCCGACAUCGCGCCAGCGCAAGAAUCCACAGAAAGGCCCCAAACCGCCGCCACCACCAGACCGACGGGCGGACGAGAGCGCCGCCGUGCGCAGCUCGUCGGGCGGAAAGGCGGAGGAGGAGAAGAACGAAGACGGUGACAGCGACAAUGAAGACGACUCUCCCUACGACGACGAGAAUUUGGUGACGGUCGUGGUGCAGGAUUCGGGCAUCGGCAUACCGGAGGACCACAUCCCGCUCCUGUUCAAGAGCUUCACGCAGGCCGACAUCUCGACGACGCGCAAGUUCGGCGGAUCGGGCCUUGGCCUGGCCAUAUGCAAGCGACUGUGCCAGCUCAUGAACGGCCGAAUUGGCUGCCACUCGAGGAGAGACCAGGGCUCCACCUUCUGGUUCACUCUUCCCCUCCCACUCGCCCCCGAAGAAGAGAAAGUACGGUCGCCUCCCGCACGCCUGGACGAAAGGACAUCGACAGAGCGUGAGCUGCGUGGCCUGCGGGUGCUGCUGGUCGAGGACAACAAGAUCAAUCAGCUCAUCGGCAAGCAGAUGCUGGCCCGAGCUGGCUGUGGCGACGUCGUCGUCGCCCCCAACGGCGAACAGGGCGUCCUGGCCUGGGAGCAACAGGGUCCCUUCCAUAUCGUUCUCAUGGACUACCACAUGCCGGUCAUGGAUGGUUUGGAGGCGACGAGGCGCAUUCGGCAGCGGGAGCAGGAGCUGGGGCUCUCCACGCGCACUCCCAUCAUCGCCAUCUCCGCCUCGCUGGAGCCCAAGGAACGGGCGCGCGGCGCCACCGCGGGCAUGGACGACUGGUUGGAGAAGCCGUUCAACCGAAGGGUGCUGACGGCCACGAUCCUGCGCUGGGCACGACAAGCACCAACUUGA